AUGCCCAACACGAAGGCAACCACUUUCGUUCCUUUCCUUCUCGGAUUCCUCUCCGCAGCUUCUGCGCAGACCGUCACCCCCUCACCCACCGAGUCUGUCGGCUGCCAGCCCCACGGAGACCACUGGCACUGUGCCGGCCCUCGUACAGAGACAGCCGCACCAGCCACCACCAUCCUAACGUCGCCCACGACGGAGGCACCCGCCGAGUCCACCCACGACCACGAGCACGAGCACGAGCACGAGCACGGCGACGGUGACGACGACGACGACGACGACGACGGUGACAACCACCACACCGAGACGGGCUCGGCCACCCGAGCCCCGAGCCCAACCGGGUCCGUCGGCUGCCACCCGCACGGCGACCACUGGCACUGUGCGGGCCCGGCCUCCACCCCUGGCGCCGGCUCCGGUGCCGACUCCGGUGCCUCUUCCUCCGCGGCCGGCAGCGCCACGGUCAGCGCCAACCAGACCUCGGCGGCCGAGACGGCCAGCUCCGCCGACCCGGCCGUCACCGCGGCCGCCCCGCGAGGCGUGGUCGACUCCGUCGGCGUCGUCGGCUUUGUCGGUCUCGCUGCUGUCGCCCUGAUGGCCAUCUGAGUUCUCGGCGUGAGACGGGGACCCGGUGAUGCCGUGACGCAAGAUCGAAAAAGACUGAGUGUGGGUUUUGUGUGUUUUUACUUUAGACUUUUUGGGGGGUUGUUUCCCGCCAUUAUUACUACUCUGCUGUAAACUGACCGUUAUAAUGAUCCUGUUCCUUUUUUUUCUCCCCCUUCCCCUACUCUGCCAAGGACGGUCGUUAUGAUCCAGGUUCAAACGUUCUACACGACCUACACACGGCAGUUCGAUUGUGCAUGUAUGGGGCUGGUAACCACC